AUGUCGGCCGCCUCGAGUGGUUCGGUGACCAGUGUGUCAGCUGCGCAGCCUGGCCGAGCUUAUUUUUGCAGGUUCCUGGAGGUAUGUGGCGGUGUCUGCUCAUUACGUUGGAUUCUUGUUCGUUGGAGUUUCAUCCAGUUGCCUGCGGCAAAUCUGCCUCCGUGCCGGCGAAGCACUUUGCGUGGUGACCUUUCGAGCACCGCCCAACGUCUCGUCUCAGAGUAUCACCGCUUCUAUUGCCGAAAGCCGCUGGGGCUGCAGAUCCUCACGAAGAAGCUGAAGUUCGAUGCGCCGCGGCCCUGGAGGCAUUGCCAGGAUCCGUGA